GGAAAUUCUUCUUAGCUUGCGAUUCAAGGAAAGGACAGCUAUUUUGGACAAUGCAUACUAAUCCUUGCCGCUUAUCUAGUACGGCUUAAUACCAUCAUUCUCCUUUCAUAUCAUACCACUACUACUACUACAAAUUGCCCUCUAGUCAGUGACGCUCAAACAGCCUACCUCAUCCCACCUGUGACGUCUCCGCCAUGUUCUCCGUAAUCGUUCCAGGCAGACCAUGCCUGACAGAAAGUGUCGCGGUUGACGCUCAACCAAAUGGACAAGCCACCAAAUUCGCAUUCACCUUUCCCUCUCAUCCUACCUUUUCGGACAUUGCCGUCUUUUUCCUACCAGGCACCGUCCUCCCUCAAGACACUGCGGCCGCGCUCUACAUCCAGCUCCCCGACCCCAAUUCCCCGACUGGCGGCGGGGAGUUCCGCUUCAUAGGCGCAUUGGCAAACGAAAACCCAUCCAACAUUUUCAAGGUCCGAUCGAGUGAAUCCUCGUCAGGCCCUCGGCGCACAGAAGCUGAUGAAGAAGAUGAAAUGCUGGACGAAGGCACAAGCAAUGUUACGGGGGGAUCAGUGCCCAAUGGGAUGGUGACUUUGGGUAUCUCAAUUGAGCCUUUACAAACCGUUGCGCCGCAACUUGCUGCAUUGGAGGCUGAGAAGCCCAGAGGUGAGACGACGACGGACCUUGUGCGCCAGGCGCCAGAACAACGACAGGAGAAGGAGGUUACCACCAAGGUUCUUGCGCAGCGGAUUAUCGGGAAUGCGUUCAAUUUCCUUGCUAGCUUUGGGGAUGAUACUGUUCCGCUGAAGAGCUUUCGGGACUGGUGGACGAAGUUUGAGCGGCGGGUCGCGAUGGAUCCUACUUUCUUAGAACGGGAGGAUCCGAAUGCGACAGGUUAAUGAUGCUGUUUGGUGCGCAAUUUUGGAGCCGAGGGUUAUUCUGGAGACAGGUGGUCGUUCAUGUUGCCAUUGUAUACGGCAUUGGAGUUAUGGAUCUCACUUGCUAUGUUCUUCCAUAUAUAUCAUGGUAUUGUACUUUAUCAAAAGCGGGCAUAUAUUACUACAAUUAAAAGCUUCAGGGGACUUAUUCUUUAUUAAGUGUAUAUUCUG